UAAUCUUUUUGUAAAUGUUUGUGCAUGGACACCAUAGUAGCCGCCGCACCGGAGGACCUGGGUGCGGCGCCGCUACCUAGUUGACUCCUUCUUUCUUUCUGUGGUCACGAUGACUCUAGUCAAAAGCAGAGCCGGCCGAGCCCCACGAUCUCGGACCGGAUCCGACCCUACGUGACAUCCUUGUCAGCAGCAAAGCGACGGACACACAGAAUCGCGCGGCAUGGCACUUCAAAUUCCCUAGAAAAAGAGAGAAUGUUUUUCCAUUGUUCUUUUGACACAUCCACACGAGGGCGGAAAAUCACCGCCCCGUCAAUCCACGCCUAUCUCUAGAACUAGAAGAACCAGAACGCCGCCCAGCACAUCGUGCCUCUUCCAUCCGUGUAUAAAAAGGAGAGCGUGGCAACGCAGCAACUCAUCGACCAUUCGCCACCAAGGUGCCGACUCCUGUCGAGAUACCAACGCAACGCGCUCUCAUCAUCUACAACCGUUUCUGCAUGGCUUCCUCGGCGGCUUUCCUCCUCCUCGUCGUCGUCGCUGCUCUGCACGCGUGUCUCUGCCACGGGCAAGACGGGGGCGGCGGCGGCGCCGCCGUGGCGGCCAUCUACAGCCUCGGCGACUCCAUCACGGACACGGGGAACCUGGCCAAGGAGGCGCCGCCGGGCGCCUUCGAGACCAUCAAGCACCUCCCCUACGGCGUCACCUUCGGCCGCCCCACCGGCCGAUGCUCCGACGGACUCCUCAUGAUCGACUUCCUCGCUCAGGACAUGGGCCUCCCGUUCCUCAACCCUUACCUGGCCAAGAACAUGAGCUUCGACCACGGCGUGAACUUCGCCGUCGCCGGAGCGACCGCCAUGGACCCUGCAGACCAGUUCAACCGGACCUUCUCCAUGCCUUUCUCCGCCAACUCCCUCAAGCUGCAGCUCCGGUGGUUCAAGGACUUCAUGAAAUCCACCUACAACACCGACCAAGGCAAUUUAAAAUAUUUUUUCCCUCUUAUUACUUUCUCUCUGGCAUGCACACUCUGCUUUUCAAUAGCCAGGCAUGCUAAUUCCCUGUGUAAAAUUUCGUGCGCAGAGAUUCGCGAAAGGCUCCGAUCAUCUCUGAUUUUGGUCGGGGAGAUUGGAGGAAACGACUACAACUUCGCCUUCUUGGCAAACAAGUCUGUCAGUGAGGUGGAGACAAUGAUCCCAGCUGUGGUUCAGACCAUCAUCAACGCCACCAAGGAAGUGCUUGACAUGGGUGCGCGCAGAGUCAUCGUCCCAGGCAACUUCCCCAUCGGCUGCCUCCCAAGCUACCUCACCGCCAUGGCCGCGCCGGAGCCGUCGGCAUACGACUCCACGUCCUGCCUCAAGGACCUCAACAUCUUCGCCGCCAAGCACAACACACAGCUCCAGCGAGCCAUCGCCGGUCUCCAGGCGUCGUACCCUGACGCGGCCAUCGCCUACGCCGACUACUUCAACUCCUUCCUCAGCCUUCUCAAGAGCGCCCCAGCGCUCGGCUUCGAUGUGGGCAGUACCCACAAGGCCUGCUGCGGCACAGGCGGCAGGUACAACUACGACGAGAGGCUGAUGUGCGGCAUCGAGGGGACGGCGGUGUGCGCGGACCCGUCGGUGUACGUGAGCUGGGACGGCAUCCACAUGACCCAGGCAGCGUACAAGGCCAUGUCCAGGCUCAUCUACCAUGGGAGGUAUCUUCAGCCGCAGAUACUCGACUUCCCGGAGAACAAUGGGCAGACAUGAUAAGCUUUUUGGUUCACCCCUCGACGAUGGAAGCCUCACCGUGACAUUUUGAGCCUUCGAUGAGUUCUCCCAUGGCCUAUGUCGCCAUAUGCUAUAUAUGUGCUCUGCACUAUUUACCCAGACUAAAUUACGAACUACACUAAAAGUAAAGAUGCAGUUUUAGCA